AUGAUUUGUGAAUUCUUGGCUCCAUUUGCAAGGAUAACGGAGUUGAUUUCUGGCACAUCAUAUCCAACUUCAAACUUGUAUUUUGUGCAGAUAUCAAAAAUUAAGUUACUACUGAAAGAAUUUCUAGAUCAUGAUGAUGUUGUGAUCCAAAAUAUCGCUGCAAGUAUGCUUGAAAAGUUUGACAAAUAUUGGAGUGAUUAUAGUGUCAUUCUUGCAAUUGCAAUCAUUCUUGAUCCACGGAUGAAGUUUGAUAUAAUAAGGUUUUCUUAUGCACAACUUGAUCCUGUGAAUCAUACUGAGAAGAUUGAACAUAUUAGGAAGAAGAUGUACUUAGUUUUCAAUGAAUAUAAAAUCAUGGAUGUGGUUGGAUCAUCAUCGUCAACUCCUAGUCCUAUUGUUGCUCCAAAUAAUGAUUCAUGUUCUUCUAAUGCUAGUGACAUGAACAUUAUAUUGCCAAGAACAUCAAAUCGACCUCCUUCUUAUCCAUCUAAAGGUGGUAUUAUGAGACAUGGCUGUUUAAACACUAUGGCUUUUGGGGAUUAUCUCAAAUGCAACAGCAAGGACAUUGCAUCAAUGGAAAAGUCUAAACUUGACUUUUAUUUAGAAGAAGCAACAAUGGAUCCAAAUCUGUUUUUGAAGAUGGAUGUUUUGGAUUAUUGGAGGACUAAUGCAGCUUGCUUUCCCUGUCUAUCAAAGAUGGCAUGUGAUAUUUUGAGCAUUCCAAUCACCACAGUGGCUAGUGAAUCAGCUUUCAGUAUUGGUUCACGAGUUCUCACAAAGUAUAGAAGUUGUCUUCUUCCACAAAAUGUGCAAGCCAUUAUUUGUACCCGUAAUUGGAUGCUUGGUUUUCCAUGUGAUGAUUCUGAUGAAGAGCCAACUGAGCAAAAAGAUGAUGGUUCUCAAGCUCAACCAAAUAAUUUCAUGUCUUCAAAUCAUGCCUCUAACUCCAACACUAUCAAUAUUGAUGGUCGAGCACUUGAUAGUUGA